UCUACAACUACACUACUACAAGUAAAAGUCAAUCUCAGAAGUCAGACCUCUACUCAGGUCUUCAGUCUGUCUGCUACUCUGCUUUGUUGCUUCAUUGUCUUUUUGAGAACUGCGUCUUCAAGUCAGUAUAUAUCAGCAAACAUGUUGAACCUAUUGCGUCAGUCAUUACUUAAAUUGUCACAGUAUGGUGUUAAAAAAUUCGCAGAACCGAGUCCAAAUGUACUCCAAAAAUCAGAUGGAAAAUUUCGACAAGUGAUCCAUGCGGCAUACGUUAAUAAAAAGAUUAUACUCAAAAAAGUGGGUGAUUUCAUUUUAGUUGGGACGGCUGUAAUGGUGGCUUCAGUUGUCGGCCUUAUGUCGUUCGCGUACAUUCAAGUAAAGACGAUGGAUGAUGAUGAUGAUGAUGAUCGAAGAACCAUAUACAAAAAAGAUCAACUAAAAACUGAUAAUAUUGAUAAUAAAAAACAAAGUUGAUCUAGUUUUCGUUAAUCUUUGAAAUUAAUCUUGAUAUAUUAUUUAUUAUAAUCCUAUUGUUUGAAAUCAUCUUGUAUUAUAUAAAAACUAAUUUAAAAAAAGAAAAAAACUAAUCACAAUAAAACAUAAAAUUUAUCAUAAUUAAAUAAUAAAAA